AUGACUGUGCCCAAUACUGAAGCUAUGGGUCACGUCGCGAUGCCUACGAGCGCUGAUCAAAGUGAGCAGUACGGUGUGUCGCUGGUGGAAGAUGGGGAAUUGCCUACCUGUGUCAGGUGCAAAGAGAAUAUCACCGUUGGGCAUGCGUAUGAGCUUGGUGAGGACAGGUGGCACACGCACUGUUUUACGUGCUACCGUUGUGAGAAGUCGCUGAGUUGCAAUUCGGAUUUCCUCGUGUUGGGUACCGGGGCGCUGAUCUGCUUCGAAUGUUCCGAUUCCUGCAAGAGUUGCGGCAAGAAGAUCAACGACCUGGCUAUAAUUCUGUCCUCAUCCAACGAGGCGUAUUGCUCGGACUGUUUUGUCUGUUGCAAAUGCGGGGACAACAUUAAAGAUCUACGGUACGCGAAGACGAAACGGGGGCUUUUCUGUUUGACGUGCCAUGAGAAACUGCUAGCCAAGCGGAAACAUCAUGAGGAGAAGAAGAGACUGCUGAGGCAGAAGACACUUCCAGGGAUCCCAACGGCGGCCAAGAAAAUUGAAACUGUCACGGAAUCAGAGUCGCGUCUUAGAUCACGUCCCGAACCGCCAUCACUCCUCCAACUACCGCAACCAGGGAUAGGGGAGACCAAGUCCGAAAAUAAAUCUGAUAACGUUCCUCCAAGAUCGCCAAACAGGGGAGUGGAUGCUUUGGUAUCACCUGCGAAAGUGCAUAAACUCUCGAGAUCUGGCAGCGGCUCCUCAACACCAGGUACGAGUGAUCAGAGUGUGAGAAAAGGUAACCAGGAGGAAAGUACCGAUACGAAGGUAGUCUCUCAGCAGCUUGAAAAGCUUCAGGAGGGGGAAACAAACAGAUAUCAGCAACAGACCAUUUCCCCUGAUGCGAAACGCAUCUUGAACAAAACGCCAUUAAAAAAUUCAGAAGCUUCAACUGAGUCGAAUGCUCGUGAUAGCGGUAAACAAGAAGUCAAAUUGUCUCCAGAAAGUAUCUUAGACUGCGAAUUUGACGAUUUCGAAAUUUCACUGGACAUUCAAUUGGAUUCACCAGAAGGGGGCUCCGCAGUUUCCCAGGAUGAAAAUAGGCACCCAUCAGGCGGGUUUUCCCCUACUACAAACGGAAUCGAUGGUGAAUUUGUCGAACAACAUGUGAUGAGUACAGAACUGAACAAAGAAACACCCAGAUCCACGGCAGAUAGCAAUGCAAACACAAUGACCACUGGCAAGCAUGAAGAACAUCUUUCAAAAGAAGCAGGUCAAACUGCAACGGCAACAAACGAAAAACCUGAACCACCUCUUGAAAAACUAGACGAAAGAAUCAGUGAUUCCAACAGACUUCUGAAGAACCUAGAGAGUGAUGUUCAUAGAUUGGAAACGAGAAGAAGUGAGUUGAAUACCCAAGUAGAAGCUAUCAGUAAACUCAAGGAAGAACUACUAGUGCAAGUGAACGAAUUGCAGGAAGAAAUAAAGAACUCAAAACAGGUAUUAGGGAAGUCUUUGGAGAGACCUAAACCAAUUUCUACCCAUUCUGACUCGUUUUCCAGUGACGAUUCUCAAACCAAGAUUAUUUCCACAGCCAGUUUAGCUAGGCCCGCUAACAAGCCCAGGUUUUGGAAAUUCUUUUCCAAUAAACAGCAAAACUCCGGGAUGGCCUCCUCCAACGGCUCCAAUGGCGCGAACCAGGGGGGCAUACUCUAUAAUUCUUCUCAAAUACGAAGAACCGAAGUGGGAGGUAACGCCAAAUCGAGAAAUAAAACAUUGUUGCAACAAAAUCAAGGUAAAAUAACUCCUGCAUAUCCAGAUCAGUUGUUCGGUUCCACACUGAUACAGAGGUGCAUCUACGAAAACCAACCCAUGCCAUCCAUAAUAACAGUGUGCAUACAACAUAUCGAGUCGAGCGAGGAAUAUCUCAAGACAGAGGGGAUCUACAGAAAAUCCGGAUCCGAACUAACUAUUAAAGAAAUUGAAACACUGUUCGCAUCGACCCCACCAACAGCUAACAUAGACCUCUCGCAGUACGACAUUCAUGCCGUAAGUGGCCUAUUGAAGAGGUACUUGCGGAACUUGCCAAACCCUGUCAUUACUUACCAGCUAUACGAACCUUUGAUUGACUACAUCAGGAACUAUAAUAUGAUUCUAGACACGAAAAAGAAGUUACAAGGGCUGGUAGAUUUACUGAGAAGCUUGCCCAAGGAGCAUAUCGUUGUCUUGAAGGCGCUGAGUGCACACAUUAAUUUAGUCACUACAUUUAGCGAAGAUAAUCUGAUGAGUAUAAAGAAUCUGGCCUUAGUUUUUACACCCGGGAUGAUAAGAGAUUAUACCGGUGAAAGGGAAAUUCUGGAUAUGGGGGAGCGGAACUUUUUAAUGGCGUUUAUUUUGGAGAACCACGAGGAUAUCUUCUGA